AUGGGUUCAGGAAACAGUAAAUGUACCCCUUUGGAAUGCUUCCUGAACAACUGGAAAUUGGCCACGAAAAAUGACGACUGGGGGUUCAAAUUGAAGAAGGAGAGGCUUAGGACCCUUUGUGAAGUGGACUGGCCGACGCAGGGCACUGCCUGGCCGUCCCAAGGCAGUUUUGAGGGGCGGUUGAUCAAUCCCUUGCUGCAGAGAAUAAUUGAAGACCAUCCAGAUCAAAUUCCCUAUAUCUCCACGUGGAAAACCAAUGUGGAUAAAAACCCCCCUUGGCUGCAGGCUUGCCGAACUGCUCCAGCAAAGGCAAGGAUCUGUGCUGUCCGGCAGCAGAAAUUACCUCUUGUGGUUCAGGACACAGAAGAGGAAUUAGCUGUGAGACCACCUCCUUAUAGACCCCCAAUACCGGCAGUACCACAGAAUGGCCCACCCCUGCAGAAUAACCUCCAGAAUAAUCCCCCCAACCCAGUUGGUGGCAGCCCUAUCAACCCAAGCCCUGAGGAUAAAGACCCCACCAAAUCAGAGACAGCUAAGGAGGAUGAAAGUGAUGAUGAUGAGGGGGAUGAGGAGACACUGUUAAAGAUGUUGGAAAAGAAGGUACAGAAGGGGAGAAGUGGAGUAAGAAGCAAGACAAAUGGAUAA